GAAGUUCAUAUAAUCCGCCGUCCGCUAAUAUUCCUCGAUUAGAAUCUCCGGCGAUCAGAAAUCUCGCGGUGAAUUUUGAUGGAAGAAAAGCUGCCAAAAUCGCUCAAGAAUCUCGAUUUGAAUACGAAUCGUGGUCGUGGACCAGAGAAUAAGAUUCUUGUUUCAGCUUAUGUAUCUUCGUCACGAAUGUCUCCACUGAAAUCAAAACCUCCAUCUCUUGUGAGCUCAUGUCUUGGUGUUAUUGGGAAGCAUUUGGAGGAUAUGAUUCGUUGUUUAGCUGAAAUCUCUGUUAUAUUUCCUGCAGACAUCAAGAUGUCGAUUGCAGCAAUUGCUAGAAGAAAAAAGCUGCUGGAUGAUGAUGUGAUUAUCUGUUUGGCUGACAGUUCCUGGGAAAUUCUAGAUGUUAGCGGUUCAGAUGUUACGAAUUUUGGCUUAGCUAAAGUGGCAGAAAUCUGCAAAUCUCUCCGAGCUGUGGACAUUAGCCGGUGCAACAAAAUCUCAUCCAUGGGCGUCUUAGAGCUUGUACAACACUGCAGAUCAUUGGAGACUCUUAGAUGCGGGGGAUGCCCAAGCAGUGAGUCCACGGCACGCAGAUCUUUGAGUAUUUUUAAGCCAAACUUGAGUAAUGUUGAAGGAGAAACAUGGGAAGAAAUAGACACUUCAGAGAUUGGCCAUGGUGGUCAAUCAUUGCGUUGGCUUGUUUGGCCACGAAUUGAUAAGGAUUCACUGGAGAUGUUAUCCUCGGAGUGUCCAAGAAUAGUGGUAAAUCCCAAGCCAUCACUUGUCGCGUACAGAGCAGACGAGGUUCCUCGAGAAGCACUACCAGAUGUUGCACUGGACGAACCAUUUGUCAAAGAUAUUGAUCCUAAGACGUGGGUUGUUACUGGAGUUGUGCAGAAGCCCACAUCUUUCCCGUUAAGCAAUGAACUGUCAAUAGCAGAGAAGUUCAGACUAGCAUUUGCAGAGAGAGAUGCAAGAAUGGCCCCUAAACGUGCAAAGAAUGCAAGGCAACGUCAACGUCGUGCUGAGAGGGAUUGGAUGAUGUCAAGCGACGAAGCCAAAGCAAUGGUUUUUGCAUCAAAGGCUACCAGAUCUUUGCACAAGAGUUAACAAUAUGGAUUCUCUUCAUAAAAUGUAUGACAAAGAAAAUAUAGGAGGAAGAUGAGUGGAUUUCUAAGAAUGCAUGCCUCUUUUCUCUACUGUGGUCAAGUUCAAUCAGUUUACAGCAGUUUCUGGGGAGCAAAAGUGAAUAGAGUGGCUGGUUAGAGAAAAGUGUUUGUAACAGUUUAAUCUUGUUUCCAGGUCUUUCAAUUGAUGCUACGGUCAAAGAUACGUUAAACUGUUUAUAAAAUGAAGUGUGUAUUUUUGCAUUUUCUU